CGGGGCUUGUUUGCGCAUUUACACCCAUUCGUCCUCACAUCGAUUCGGAUAAAAGCGUCGGACUGGAUUUAUUUUCCAUCAGUCAUAAACAACUUUGAACAUUUGCCUCGAGAAAUUUACUAUCUUUUAACCGCGAUUCGGAAGUCAUGGCGAAAUCACUACGGGCCAGCUCAAGGAAGGCCAAUAACCAGAGACUGAAGCGCAAUGUCUUUGGUCCUGUCGAAGCUGCUCGCAAUGAGCGGCUCUCAGCAAAAUUGAUGGAAAUUGCAACGCAACCUAAGGAGGCUAAGAUGGAGGAUGCUGCUCCAGAAUCCGACGAGAACGCUCAGGCAGAGGAUGCUGCAGAAGACGCAACCGCUACUGUUAUGGAGGUGGAUUCGGGAUCAGCCCCCAAGGCCGCCUCAUCCAAGAAGAAGAGGGUUGAGAAGAAGCGAGGCAAGAAAUCCAAGUCUGCCAUAGUGUUUUCUAGCUACAAAGACAGGAUUGCCAAGAAGAAGAGGUGAUCUUGAGUUUGUUGUUACGAUUGCUCUUUUUGUUGUUGUUAAUACCCAUUCAUAAAAUUGAGCCUAAGUUGGGCUUUUACUGUCAUAUAAGGAAUCAAUCAAUGUACGAGAAUCCGAUCUGAAUGAA